UCGUUGCGUCUUGGGGAAACUUUCGAGAUGGAGAAGUACGAGAAGAUCAGCAAGAUCGGGGAGGGCUCCUACGGGGUGGUCUUCAAGUGCCGGAACAGGGACACCGGGCAGGUGGUGGCCAUCAAGAAGUUCCUGGAGUCGGAAGACGACCCCGUCAUUAAGAAGAUCGCCCUCCGAGAGAUACGCAUGCUCAAGCAACUGAAGCAUCCCAACCUGGUCAACCUCUUGGAGGUCUUCCGUCGGAAGCGGAAGCUGCACCUGGUCUUUGAGUACUGCGACCACACCGUCCUCCAUGAGCUGGACAAGAACCCCCGCGGGGUUCCAGAGCAUUUGGUGAAGAGCAUAACGUGGCAGACUCUCCAGGCAGUCAACUUUUGCCAUAAACAUAAUUGCAUACACAGAGACGUGAAGCCGGAAAACAUCCUCAUCACAAAGCAUUUCGUCAUUAAACUCUGCGACUUCGGAUUUGCUCGCAUCUUAACCGGGCCCAGUGAUUACUACACGGAUUACGUGGCGACCCGUUGGUACCGUUCUCCCGAACUGCUUGUGGGGGACACCCAGUACGGGCCCCCAGUCGAUGUUUGGGCCAUUGGUUGCGUCUUCGCCGAAUUGCUGUCUGGCAUCCCGUUGUGGCCGGGGAAAUCCGACGUGGACCAGCUCUACCUGAUCCGGAGGACUUUAGGCGACCUCAUUCCCAGGCACCAGCAAGUCUUCAGCACCAACCAGUUCUUCAGCGGGGUCAGGAUCCCGGAUCCAGAGAGCAUGGAGCCUCUGGAAAUGAAAUUCCCAUCCAUUUCCUAUUCUGCCCUCGGACUCAUGAAGGGCUGCCUCCACAUGGAUCCGGCUGAGCGGCUGACCUGUGAGCAACUCCUGCAGCAUUCCUAUUUUGACGGCAUCCGGGACGUGGAGCUGGGGAGGGAGCGCUCCAUGACACGGAAGCCGAGCCGGCCGACCCGGAAGCACAUCCCUGGGUUGCAGUACCUUCCCCAGUUAACCAGCAGCAACAUCUUGCCUGCUUUGGAUAACAAGAAGUACUACUGCGGGAUGAGAAAACUCAACUACCGUUUCCCUAACAUCUAAGAAGGCUGGAUCAUGAACAGAUAUGGUACCCCGAAAGGGGAAAGAGAAAUUGGAAAUGCAAACGUAUUGGCAGACACCGACGCAAGCUACACAGUCCUUACUUCCUCUGAACGGAGCAAACCUAGAAAGAGAAGUGACCAGAGGUUUGGAAAGGCUUGUGGCUCAACUGAAAAUGUUGCAUCUGUUUGGACUUAGAGGUUUGUUUUUGUGCAGGUAGAACUGGAAUUGUAUCCGUGUUGUUCGGGAUUGUCAUUUGCUUGGAACAUGUACCAUGCGCGGAAGGAGGCGGAAGAGCCGCUGAAGAGGAAGGCGAUUCAAAGAUGCCAAAUACUUAUUGUUCACCAAAAUCCCUUUGUGUCAAAUCUCAAGAGAGCGUGAGAGAGAGAGGGAAAGCUUGGUGUAUAUCUGGAGUAGCAUUGUAACGGCUGAUCCUGCAAACACACCCAUUCAGAUAGUUUUGUGCACUGAGGCUUGAGAGCCAGGAUGUUUCCCAUUCAAACCUUGCCUUGUCUACCAAUUACUCCUCUUAGAUAUGUCAGUGCUACCUUUUGGCUACUAACUCUUUUCUUGACUUGUUUUGACCGGAAGUGGACACAGCGUUAUUCCAGGUGAGGUCUGGCUAAAGCAGAGUAGUUCCGCCUAGACCAGGGAAACUUCCUAAAUUGGGGGCCACAUGGCAGGGUGGGCCAGGAGGGAGGGGGUUCUCCCCAAGCCCCCUCCCUGCCCUUCUUCUUCUCUUUCAGAGG